CAUGAACCGACCCAAGGAGAUCGCUUUGAACCACCGCUCACUUCUACGCCUAUUUGUUCUUCGUUUCCUCCCCUUCUCCAUCUUAAACAAUGAACAUUAGGCCUGCGCGGGUAGAUGAUCUUAUGGGCAUGCAGGCAUGCAACCUGCAGAACUUGCCCGAAAACUAUACUAUGAAGUACUACCUAUACCAUGAGUUGACUUGGCCUCAACUCUCGUUCGUCGCGGAAGACCAGGGACGGAUAGUUGGAUAUAUUCUGGCUAAGAUGGAGGAAGAUCUCAGUGAAGGGGACGAGCCUCAUGGACACGUCACUUCAAUUUCAGUGCUCCGUUCUCAUCGUCGUUUGGGGCUUGCAAAGAGACUAAUGGUGCAGUCUCAGGAAGCGAUGGCAACUGUCUACCGUGCGGCAUACGUGUCGCUCCAUGUCCGCAAGUCGAAUCGAGCGGCUCUGGGCCUGUACAAGGACACGUUGGGAUUCACUGUUAGAGACAUAGAAAAGAAAUACUAUGCUGAUGGCGAGGAUGCGUAUGCCAUGCGACUAUCUUUAAAGCAUCUAGCCCGAUGAUAUAUGAUACAGUAUGUACAAGUCCGUGAAUAAUAUGUUACAUUAGAGAU